UUUUUUUUUUUAUUUUCUUAUAUCCAAUGAAAAUGCGGGUCAAGAUUAGUGCAUUGACUUGCUCACCAAAAGCUGACUUUUGGUACUUGAUUGAUAAUAAACAACCAACUUACUCUAUUCGAAAUCUCCAAAAAGACAUUAACAAAUUGAUUCAUCCUACCGAAAAGUCAAAGCGACUCUCUCUUUCCCUUGAUGGAUUCCGCCUACUUCCAAAUUGUACUGUCCAGGGUCUUAUUCGUGAUGGUGAUACUUUGACACUUCAACAUAUCGAUACUCCAGCAUUGAACGAAAAGUCAACUCAUUCAAAAAAACGCAAGAAAAGCGAUUCGUCAGUCACUCACGAAGAGGCCAAGGACAAAACCAGAGUAAAGAAGAAACACAAAACAACGAAAAUAAAGGAAAAGAACCAUUCCAGCAAACGUAGACGAUUAGAUACUACUAGUCAUAUCGAUGAUGAUAAGAAAAUUUCCAACGAAAAUGCAGCGACAUCUUCAAGAAAUACUAACGAAGAAACGACACCCGAUAAUAAAGUAUUACGGCGUACGCGUUCAAGGAAUAUGCGUCGACGACAACAACGACAAAAAAACAGGGCAGCUUUAGCAGCACAACAACAAUCGGCAAACUUGAACAAUAACAAAGGUACCACUAAUAACACAUCACAGGCACUACCAGUGGAAACGGUAUCAGAAGAUUCGAUCACGGCACAAGAUGGCAAAACUGUGAAACGCAAUAACAAAUAUAUGGCGGAUGAGGAACCUUUACGACAAUUGGUGAAGAAAAAUAAGAACAAGAAGAAAAACUUUUUGAAGGAAAUGGAGAACAAUCAGCGAUCACACGUCAUUUUCUCAACUAACGACAAUGCUGGUCAAAAUCAUCAGGAUGAUUACUACAGUGGAUACACCAAUGAAAUGGAUUACAAUUUUAAUACAGACGAAUAUAACAACUAUUUGACAUCUGAUGUAUAUAACCCAUCCAACACAUUAGGUGGCGCAUUCAUUACCGACAGCGGAUCUCCUCAAAAGUAUUACAACAGCAACAAAGGCAAUCGACAAAGAAAGGAAGGAAACAAUAAUGAAAACUAUGCGAACCGACAAUACCCUGUGGAUGAUACAGAUCUCAUUUUUUAUGCUUCACGUGAAGAAGAAGAGGAAGAAAAACAAGAUGAAGGAAAAGUCGAAGAAACUGGAAACAAAGAUACCGUGGAUUCCCAAUUGGACAACAACAACAAUAAUGACAGUGGUGAUAACGAAGAUGAUGAUAGUAGCGACAGUGAUGACACCAGUGAUAGCGACAGUGAUGACACCAGUGAUAGCGACAAUGAUGACGAUGAGAAUGACGAUGAUUCGGCAAUAACAACGACAAAGGAAGGUGAUGAUCAAUUGGAAGUGCACAAAGUGAUCGAAAAGGUGGAUUAUGACAAAUACCCUGCUACCACAUUCCAAGGCUCUAGUCCUCCAGUGGUUGGUGAUCUCUUGGCACUAAAGACUUUACAUCUGUCAGAAACUUAUACACCAGAAAUCUCGAAUUGGAAGGAAGUCAAGGUAGUAGAACUGAAUGGGCAAGAAAUGGUGGCUGAACUAGUUGGACAAGAUAUAUCACAGUUGACAAAGACAAAAGGACGUAGGAAAUUUGAUUUACCUCCUGAUGACGAUGAUGAUCAAGAACCUGAACGCGACAACAUUGAAACUUACAAUUAUACUGAUAUUAUCGAUAUGCGCCGAAUAGUAUUAUAGUCAUUUUUGUUCACAACCCAUUUUAGUGAUCAUGUCUCCCCACAUCCAUUCAACAACUUUGUUCUAAAAUAAAAUUUACAUUUGCAUUUGAUAGUAAUCAUAAAAAAAAAAACAAUAUCAUAUAGACAUUUCAUUACAUUUUAUA